AUGCAACUGGUCAUUGAUCUCUCCGAGGCAGCAGAGCAGUACGACCGGGACGUGCUGCCUCUCGAUCAGCUGCGCGCCAUCGGCCUGAUCAGCCUCAUCGUCGGCGCCCUCGACUUUGCGCAGUUCCAGCUCUACACAGGUCAAGCGUACUGUGGACAGUUCGGCAGCGACGAUGAGAGCGCGGAAAACGACGUCGUGUUCGUCAACAUGGCUUCUCGCGCCAUGCCCGAUCCGCCAGCGGAUGACGCCGACAUCGAGCGCGCUGAGCCUCCCAGCGAGCGUGCGCGCCCUUCGACUACGGAUCACGCCAACAGCGAGCACGCUGAGCCUCCCAGCGAGCGUGUGCGCCCUUCGAGCACGGAUGACACCGACAGCGAGCGCGCCGAGCCUCUCAACGAGCGUGCGCGCCUUUCGACGACGGAUGGCGCCGACAGCGAGCGCGUCGAGCCUCCCAGCAAGCGCGCGCGCCUUUCGGCGACUGGCGCAAGUGCCGAGGUCGAUGCCGCGGAGGAAGGAGAGCAUGCCGCAGCUGGCAAGAGCCUCGAGCUCGACGAGCGUGCCCGAUCGAGCGCUGGCGACGAGGAGGAGGACAACGAGGAGGAUGAGCUGCUCGAUUACGAGCUGUACAACGAGAACGAGGAGACUCUCUUUCUCGACGCCGCGGCCAGCGAUGCAGGGCUUGCUCGUGGCAGCAGCGAGGACAGUCUCUGCAUCAACGCAGGCGCAGGCAAUGCUGGGCCUGCUCGAGGCAGUAGUCAUGGCCCAGCUCCAGCAGCAAAGUCACUGCUGAGCGAGGCAACAGAGCAGAAUGGCGCCGAGACGCAUCACCUGCACCUGCGUGCGCUGAGCCGAUAUGUCGAAGCCGCUCUUGCUCUGUCGCGCCCUUUCGGGCAUGCCGCCUUCUCGGUGGCGCCAGGCUGCGAGUCAUACGCCUUCGACUUGUGUCAGGAGUUCAUCAACAAGCUGAUUGCCCGCGUAUCCGGCGUUGCUUCUGCGCCAAGCUCGCAGGCGCGAGACUAUGCCUUUGUGCGCGACAUCAAGGCAACCAUCGACGUCGAUCCGCUUGACGCACUGAUUCAGUAUCUAGCUGAUAUCGGGCAGCUUGUGGAGCGUCAUCACCGCAAGCAGACGGCAACGCAGUUCAUCACCGAGCUGAUGGACAGGGCAAGCGUACCCGCACACGAACGAGACCGCUGCAGCCGCAGGUACAGCACAAAGAUGCGAGCGGCCAGCACGUUUGCCCAGAUCCUCGUGCACGCCGGCUCGCUGGCUGCAGCCGUGCCGCUGAUCCUCUGCGGGCGCACGUUCACGCGGAACUUUCUCUCCAGCGCCGGCGACGGCGACGGCCAUCUUCUGCCGGCCAUGUUCAGCGGGCGCCUUGUCACGCCGUCGCAGCUGCAGGACGACUGCAUUGCCCGUGCCGCCGCCAUGCUCAAUCAGUGGUUCUGGCGGCCGCUCAUUGGGCAGCUCAACGACAUUUUCCCGUUCACGUCAGUCUCGUCGGAGCGUGUGCAGUGGGACGUGCCCAUUCUGCGCACCAUGCUCAGUGAGCGGCCCCACAUGCCAAUCUCAAAGCCGAGCCGACAGCUUGUGCACGAGCAGUGGCCCACGGCUCUCUCUCUCUACGACUCUCGUGACCAGCCAGAUGCCUUUCACGUGUCUAUUGACUGGGCCAUUGCCAACAACGGAGACACAAAGCGCAUAGGACGGCGCUAUGGCCAGCAGCAGCGUCCGCGCCCUGACGUGUUCCCCUCCAGCGGCAGCGGCCCGCAGGCCAGCACAAGGACUCUGCGUGUCAACCGUGCCCUGCACGUCAAGCAGGAAGCCUAG